GGGUGGGGUUUAGGUCCAUUGCGUUGGAGGGGGUCUCAGAGGGUGUCUCCGAGUGUAGAGGUGGGGCCCUGGGUGUGGUUAGAGGGGUGGGCCUUGGGCUCUGCGGGGCACAAGGGAAGCUCCAAUGGCAGAGGAUUAGGCCUCCCGGUGCCUAAGUGGACAGGGAAGGCACUGGCUCCAUUCCUUCGUGCCCCUCCCCCACCGUCUCCCGCAGGGUCUCCCCCAUCGCCACUGGACACCUAACUGGGGGGGGUCCCGCUGGGUGUAGGAACUCCUCCCCUCCCCCAGCCACCCCUCUUGGGUGCUGGUCCCGGAGGUCCGGCCUUUACUUUUGCUCCCCCUUCCCUCCCUCCCACUCCCUCAGGACCCGUGUGGCUGGAGGGGGCCUAGGUGGGCAGAGGAUCAGGCCUGGGAUCUCAGCAGGUUCCUGGGGGCCCAAGUGGUCAGGGGAAGCAUGGCAACUCCCCCUUUUGAUACUCUGCCCUCCCAGUGGUUCCCCAAUUUCCCCCUUCGGCCGUGGGAAUCCCUUGCCCUCCCCUAGCUGCCCCUCAGGGGCGCCAGUCUUGUCCGGCCUCCGCUUCUCCUCCCCCUUCGCUCCCCCAAUGCCCCACGUCCUACCCAGUUGCUGGGGGUUCCUCCCAUCCCCUUAGGUGUCUGUGGUCCCCCACUGGUGCCUGGUAGGUGCCCUAAUUGUGAGGAGACGCGCAUUCUGCAUCCUCCUAGUAUGCUGUCUUGACUCCGCCCCCCACUUUUUUUUAUAGAGGUUUUUUUUUUUUAAAUUUUAUUUAUUUUUGGCUGCAUUGGGUCUUCGUUGCUUUGUGCGGGCAUUCUCUAGUUGUGGCGAGUAGGGGCUACUCUUUGUUGCAGUGCUUGAGCUCAUUGUGGUGGCUUCUCUUGUUGUAGAGCAUGGGUUCUAGGCGCGCAGGCUUCAGUAGUUGCAGCACAGAGCUCAGUAGUUUUGGCGCACGGGCUUAGUUGCUCUGCGGCAUGUGGUAUCUUCCCGGACCAGGGAUGGAACCCGUGUCCCCUGCAUUGGUAGGCGGAUUCUCAACCACUGUGCCACCAGGGAAGUCCCUCAUAGAUUCUUAGAAGUGGGGGGGCCUCAGGAGUCAUCUGGGCCUUUCCAACCCCCAUCACUGACCAGAAACCUCUGUGCCAUCAGUUGACCAGCGUGUUUAUAGACCUCUGCUGGAACAGGUUAUCUUUGAGGCCCUUUGAGGCUAUUGGGCUCUUGUAUCGACAGCUUUGAUUGUUGGAAAAAUCCUUUCUCAUACUGAGUUGCAAUGUGCCCUGUGUAACUUCUGCCCUUUGGUCCUUGUGCUGCCCUCUGAAGAAAUGUUGGCUGAAUUUAUUCCCACACGGCACCCCUUCAGGUACUUGAAGCUACUGUGGCCCUAGUUAAGUCUUUUUUCUCUUUUCCAAAUCUACAGAUCCCUUUCUUGCUUCCUGUGGAAAGUAGUCCUGAACUGUUCUAGUCACUUUCUCCCAUGGAACAGCUUCGGUUGGCAGGUCCUGUUUAGAGUAUGGUACUCAGAAUGGGACACUAUUCACAGACCAGGACAGACAAUAGUGGGGCUACCUACUGCCUUCCUCUAACCUGGAUACUAUGCUGCUAUUUGUUUCUAUGGAUAUUGGUCCCAAAUUUUCUCAGUCUUUUGGUGUGUGUGUGUGUGUGUGUGUGUGUGUGUGUGUGUGUGUGUAUUUUUUUUUUAAUUAAUUUAUUUAAAAAAUAAAUUUAUUUGUUUUAUUUAUUUAUUUUUGGCUGCGUUGGGUCUUCGUUGCUGCAUGCAGGCUUUCUCUAGUUGCAGUAAGCAGGGGCUACUCUUCGUUGCGGUGCGUGGGCUUCUCAUUGCAGUGACUUCUCAUCGCAGAGCACGGGCUCUAGGCGUGCGGGCUUCAGUAGUUGUGGCAUGCGGCUCAGUAGUUGUGUCUCUCGGGCUCUAGAGCACAGGCUCCGUAGUUGUGGCGCACAGGCUUAGAUGCUCCGCGUCAUGUGGGAUCUUCCCGGACCAGGGCUCGAACCCGUGUCCCCUGCAUUGGCAGGUGGAUUCUCAACCACUGCGUCACCAGGGAAGCCCCUUGGUAUAUAUUUUAAUACAUUGUGUUCGAUCAUUUAACUGAAAAGCAUAUUUGAUGUUAUCUAAGAUGUUUGGUACUACCCAUUUUGGUAUUUCUAUCAGUGUUUCAUUUCAUUAAAGUCUUGCUUUUAUGUUAAUUUAAGCUUAUCUUUUCAUAUUCAUUUUUUAUCAUUUUUAAGAUGGUAUUACUUUGCUAAGAUUUGUGAGGUUUUGUUUGAUAAUAUCUUACACUGCUAUUUGGAUCAUUUAAUUGGUGCUCUUUUUUUCCAAUUACCAUAUGUAACUGAAUCAAUAUCUUUCUAGAUCCAUAUGUUAAACUGCUGCUUGAUGCCAUGAAGCAUUCGGGCUGGUAAGUGAAUCUUUUUGAAGUGCUGCUCUAUAUUCUGGCUGCUGGAAACAAAAAAUCCCCACCCAAACUGGAAGUACUUGAGAUAUUUCACUUCAGGCCACAAAGCCCUUUCCAUAUGGUGGGUGGUGGUGGUUGGCUGCACUCUCCCCAGGCAGGCCGUGUUCUCUCUGGACCUCUUCAGCCCUAACUCCACAUCUCUGGCUCUACUAUUCACCUCAGGUAUUUAGUAAAGACGAUACUUAAAAUCUUACUUGUAAGUAAUCACCAAACCUGGUUUUUCCACUAUGCCAGUCCCAGCAUUCUCCUUAACGGAGAAGAAAUCUCAGCUUAUUAUGCACGUAGAAGCCUUCCAGGUGUUGUUAAACUUUGAGGAGAUCGGAAGAAGUGAUUUCUGAGGUCCACUUCUUAACAUUCCGGCCCAAGGGCAGAAACUCCAGCAUUUUUCCAAUAUGGUCUUAAUGAGUUGAUCAAAUUCUUUAUGGAAUCAUAGCAUAGAAUUUGAACUGGGAUAGAUUUUGCAGAGACAGUUUUCUUAUUUACAGAUGAGAGAACUGAGUCCUGAAGGUGUUGAGUUGCUUUCCCAAGGUGUCCUGUGUGAUAGUGAUGGAGAGAUGUGUCAUCUGGGUCUCCGGGCCCAGGGCUGUUUCCCCUGUGCCCCAUGCACACUACUUCUGGACGUUGUCUUUUUAAUCCAUUCUUACCUUCCAGCGCUGUUAACAAAGAAAGACACUUUUCUUGUGAAGACUGUAAUGGAAAUGUCAGUGGAGGUUUUGAUGCUUCAGUGUCUCAGGUAGGUGGUCUACCAAGCUGUCUUCUUUCCUGCAGUUCUCUCUCCUGAUGUUUGCUGAUUGCCUUCUAUGUUCUGGGCAUUCCAUUUGGUAGACUUUGUGUAGAAUUCAAAAAAUGAGUUAACUGUGGUCCUUACUCUUAAGGUCCUUACUUCUCACAGGGGAGACAAGACAGGAACGCAGAGACAAUGAUAAAAUUUGAGGCGGGUUAAACUCUUUGAGGUGGGUGUGGUUACCACAGUGGGACAGUGAUGUGAUUGAUUGAAAGAUGCCAGCAGAUUCAGCUAGAGGAUGUAAAGGCUCUUCAGGGGCAAAGAAGACAAAGACUGUUGCCAAAAGCAGGGGGAGCACGAGCAAAGGUGACGUGUUGAGAAAGCACAAGGUGUAUUUGGGGAAUGGCAUGUUGUCUAGUUCAGCUGGAGGGCAGGAAUGCAUGGGGAAUGAGGAGAAAUAGGAUUGGAAAGAAAGAUAGGCUAUAUGGUGGGAGGCUUUGAAUGCCAAGAUAGAGUUUCACCUUUACACGAUGAGAAGUGAUAGGUCUUUGAGAAUUUUUGAUGAGGAGAGUGAGUUUUCUCACCUGUAAAAUAUGGGUAAUGAUUGUAUUUAUCUUAUAGAAUGGUUAUGAGAAUUAAAUGCAAUUUCUCUUGUAAACUACUUAUCAUAGUAAGCAGAGCACUUAAGUCAAUAAAUGUUAUAAGUUUUAAGUCAAUGGGGGGUUUUGACAGUCUUGAGGUGGUAGAUGGAUGUGUCAUGUGAUAUGAGGGUAGAUAAAAGUGUUGUAAGUCACUGUUUCCAUCAUGAAUAUAUGACACAUUGAAGUACAUUUAAUUGUUUCCUGCUAGGGAAUCUUAUAUGUAUUUGAGUUAUUUAUAGCUGUUUCAUGGUAAUCAUGGGAAAGAGCAACAUAGCAGAGGGGUGAGGUGUCUGAGUUUUGGAGUCACAUAGACUUUGAGUUCAAAUCCUAGUUCCCCUGCUUAUUAGCUGUGGGGCUUGGGCAAGUUAUUCGUUUUAUUCUCAGUUUCCUCAUUUGUAAAUUGAUAAUUGCCAACACCUGUAGCUCCCAAGAUGGGUCUUGGUAAGUUCAUCCUCUUUGGGUGUUAGAGUGCACGUUUUGAAUCUUCAUCUUAUUCCUCAGCAGUGUUAUACACAGUUGGGCACUCUUUUUUUUUUUUUAAUUAAAAUUUUUGUUGUGAAGUAUCUCAUUCAUAUAGAAGAGUAAAAUACCUGUAUGUACACUUUCAGUCAUAAUAGUAAAAUGAACAUCUAUAUAACUACCACCCAGAUUUGAGAAAUAAAACACUGCCAGGACUUCAGAAGCCUGUGUGCCCCUCUUGGGUUACAACCCCCUCCCUUCCUUAUUCUGACUUCCGUGAUAACCAUUCCCUGCUUGUCUGAAUGGUUUUGCCAUCUAUGUGUACAGUCCAACAAUGUGUUUAGUUUCCUCCUUUUAAGCUUUAUACUUGGGGUCAUGUGUAAUACUUUGUCAUUUUAUGAAAUCAUACAGUCUUUGUAACUUAAUUCUUUCGUUCAACAUCGUGAGAUUCUUCUGUGUUGUUGUGUGCACCUCUGGUUAAUUUAGUUUGUGUUGUAUAUUAUUCCAUUAUAUGUCUGUACUAGCGUUCACCCUAUCGAGUAUCGAUUGUUUCCCACUUUAUUAUUAUUAUAAACAAUGCUGCUGUGAAUGUUCUUCACCUUCUCUCCCAGUGCUCGUGGGCAAGAGUUAUUCCAAGGUAUCUGGCUAGAGUGGAGGUCCUAUCACAUGCACACACUUGACGUUAACAGCUAAUGCCACUUUCUUGCCAUGGUUUCCAGUCUGCCACACUCUUGUGGUUGCUCCUUUGCUAACUUAGCUUCCUCUACCAGCCCUUAAAUGAAGUCCCUUAAUCCUUGGUGUUAGAGCCCCUUCUUUUCUACUCUGCAUUCUACCGAGGGGAUCUCAUUUACUUUGCUGGGUCAGAGCUUUCUCUUGAACUCCACAUCCAUAUUGCCAGGUGUUCACUGAACACCUACACUUGGGUGUCCUAAAGGCACCUCAGACGUGCCAUGUCCAAGUUCAAAUUGAUUUUUACGAUCCUCCAUCCCCACCCAUCCUGGUCUUUUAGUUUUGCAUAUCUUGGUGAACGGUACCACCAUCCGUCCUAUUACCCAUGCCAGAAAUUUAGGGAUCAUCCUUGAUACCUCUGAUUCUCUUCCCAUAUUCUGUCCAACACAGAAUUUUGUCCAGUCUCCCUCCUAAAUACCUUUUUAGGCCCCCACCAUCCUAGCUCUGGGACUAUUAUCUCUUGCCUAGAAUACUUCAUUCGCCUUCAGCUAGUCUCUGUGCAUCCAGUUUUGAUCAUCUUUUAUUUUUCCAACUGUGGUCAAGAGGAUAAAAACAAAAUAAAACACCCCCCGUUUCACUACUCCCUUUCAGUGACUUCCCACUGUUGUCAGGAUAAAGAGUGAUUUGGCCCCUGCCGACCUCACCAGCCCUAUCUCAUGCCUACCGCCUCCAACUCUGUGCUUCGUAAUACAGGCCUGCCGCCGUCAGCUUCUCCAACAUUCUUUUCCUUCAACCCUCCCCCUACCUUUUGCCUAUGUUGUUCUCUGUCUGGAAUGCUCCCUUCCCCUCUCCUCGAAUUUAACUCCUGUUCAUCCAUUAGAUCCCAGUUUAAACAUUCCUUCUGCAGAAAAGCCUUUCCCAACCCUGCAGACCAGGUCAGGCACUCUCAUUGUAUGUACUCAUGACAACCUGGGUUUUUCUUCAUGACAACUGUCACUGCAUGUGUUUAAACAUUUUGGUGAAUAUGUGAUUAAUUUCUAUCUCCAUUACUAGAUUAUAAAUCUCUAGUAGGUCUUGAUAAAUAUUAGUUGAAUAAAUGAAUGUUGAAUGAAUGUAUAUAAAAUACAUGUCCCAGUGUCUGGCACACAGUAAGUACACAGUAAGUGGGGACUAUUAUUAUUAGGACCCCUCACGUCUUUAUUAUUCUUAUAGGGUCCUGCUCAGUGUGCUGCUGGCUUUUUGUACUUCUUUCUGAAGCUCUUUCUGAGGACUUUUCCUGGCAAUUCUAGUAGGAUGGGACAGUGUGGUCAUUCAUUGUUGAUUCAUUGCUUAUUGAGAAACUUGAUAAGAAACAUUUUACACAUAUUCUCAUUUAAUUCUCACAAUUCUAAGAGAUUGUUUUGUGCCAGAAUAAUAUCUGUAAUCAGGCGCAUAUGAACAGAGUGGUCACCCAUGAGCUCAUUCACGCAUUCGAUCAUUGUCGAGCUCAUGUCGACUGGUUCACCAACGUCAGGCACUUGGCUUGCUCUGAGGUUCGAGCUGCUAACCUUAGUGGAGACUGCUCACUUUUAAAUGAAAUAUUCAGGUUACAUUUUGGAUUAAAACGACACCAUCAGACUUGUGUGCGAGACAGAGCCAUUCGUUCUAUCCUGGCUGUUAGGAACAUCAGCAAAGAAGUAGCUCAGAAGGCUGUUGAUGAAGUUUUUGAAUCUUGUUUCAAUGACCAUGAACCUUUUGGAAGGAUCCCUCAUAAUAAGACCUAUGCAAGAUAUGCUCAUAGAGACUUUCAAAACCGGGAUCGGUACUACUCAAACAUAUGAAGACGAUGACAUUUUAUAUGGCAGAGCUUCAGUGAUCAUGAAGAAAGUAUGGUUCCCAAGUGGACAACAUAAAACGUAAAUGAUCAAUUAAAUACAGAGAAGACACAGAAGAUUCUAGCACAGAAGAUUCUAGCAUCAGAAAAAGUAACUGUGGUAAGAAAUGAAACUGCCUUAAACUCCAAGGCAAAAAUUGUAUCUUUGUAGCUAACCAUUUGGUAAAUAAGGCAAAUAAAUAGCAUUUUUAAAUUUUCUACAAUGUACUUGUUAUUACUUGUGUUUUAUUUUUUAUGAUUGUGAUUUGCUUUUAUUACAUUUUAAAACUUGAUUAUGAAACCUGUGAAGUAUGCCCUUUAUGAUGUGUAUGUCUUCUUUGGAAAAAUGUCUAUUCAAAUCCUCUGCCCAUUUUAAAAUCAGGUUGUUUAUUUUGAUA